AACCAUUAGUCAAACCCUAAGCCAAAAGAAACCUCCCCCAUUGCCACCGUUGCAUUUCUUUCCAUCAAAACCUCCUCCUCUUCUUCUUCUUCUUCUUCUUCUUCAGUAACGCAGUUUCUCUCAUCACAAAGAACACAACACAGAAACUUCAACAACAUCACCAUUUUCCCCCUUCAUUCAAAUUCAAAGAAAUGGCCGGUGGUCGAUUCCGCGAGCUGAUGAAGAAGUACGGCAAAGUAGCGGUGGGCGUUCACCUGAGCGUCUCCGGAGCCUCCAUCACCACCCUCUACGUCGCCAUCAGAAACAACGUCGAUGUCGAAGCCAUCCUCGAAAAGUUCCACCUCGGCGCAGCCUCACCGGAGCAAAACCCUAGCAUCGACACUGUUUCUGACGCGCCGCAGACUAAGAGCCGCACCGCUCAGAUGGCCGCCUCAGCUGGCGGCGCGUUCACCCUCGCUAUUCUCUGCAACAAGGCUCUGUUCCCUGUUCGGGUUCCUCUGACAAUCGCUCUCACGCCUCCCAUUGCUAGGUUCUUGGCGAGGAGGAACAUUGUGAAGACUGGUGUAUGACCUGCGCUGACUGUGUUUUGGUAUGUUGGUGUUAUGUAUUGUUUAUUGUUACAGUGAUUGAGAGGGUUAUGAGAGAUGUUGUAGAAUUUGUUGAACUGUUAGUUAGUUCUUGUGGUCAUGGUUAAGACCUGAGAGUGGAAUAACUUGAGAGGAAUUUUAAUCAGUGGAGAACCGGUUUUUCUACUUAAUAAAGGUUACGGUAUAUGCGAUGA